AUGAACCUCCUUGACCUCCCUGACGAACUGCUUGUCCAAAUCGCGUCGUAUCUGGCCCUCUAUGAACUCCUCUCUCUGCAGCAAACAUGCUCACGCUGGCAAGAAGUCGUUAGGUCGAAUGCAGCGCUGCAGUACGACAUCGAGCUGUCUGUGGCGGGCAUGAUCGACAACCCAGCGUCCCGUCUCGUCCCCGGAGAACGACUACGAAUAUUGGAGAGAAAGGAGAAGGCGUGGAGGGUACUCGACAUGUCUGACAGGAAAUCUCUCACCCUGAGCCACCGUCCGUCCGGGAUAUACGACCUCACUGGCGGCACACUUCUCCUAGGGGAGCGGCACAACGGCGAGGGCUACGCUGGGACAGAUGCUGUCCACACCAUAAACUUGCAUGCUGCAGCAUUGGAGGAUGGUGCACGAUCAAACGGCCCUUCGUGGUCGAACAUCGACCUCGGCAAGCAGGUCAUAGACGUUGGCCUUGCCAUUCAAGAACAUGAUCUCAUGGCAAUCGUAACCUAUUCCUACAUAAACGAGGCACAGUUACUAGCCUCCAUAGAUGUCCACCUACUCAAACAUUCCACCGGGCAGCCUCAUCCUGCCGCUGCGAAGCCCAUUCUGCAUUUCGAGAACAUACACUACCUCCCAGGACACUGUAGCGUCAUGCUCGAGAUCUCGGGCGACUCGCUCUGUUUUCUCCUCAACAACUACUUCCCAUUCAUCAACGCCGACCCUGUCACGUUCAUUGUCUACAACUGGAAGACGGGACAACCCCUUGUAGGCCAGAAGCGCCUGUACUCAGAUCCGACGAUGUUCAACUCUUUCGUGCUACUGUCCCCGGACACGGUCAUAUUGCCCAUCAUCCCUACGAACGCCUUGGAAAUAUGCCAAUAUACAGAGGAACUAAACGCAGCAACGCAACCGCAGUCCGCAAGCAGCUCACCCGGAGAGCCUGAAGUGCCCCUGCUCAAGACCUCGUGCGUCCUCGAGCUGCCCGCCCUGCAUCGGGAGUCGCUGGUCCUUCGCAUGACGUGCCGUUGCGAGCCGAAUCCCCGCGGGCCCCCGUCCUCUGCUACGCACGCCGACAAGCACACGCCCUUCUAUUCCGAUCCGGAGACGGCAGUCAUGAUACUACACAUGCAUCUGCGCCUGCGCACGGGCGUUACCCGCGUCUACACUAUGAUCGCCCACCGAGCCUCUCUUCUGGAUAUCAUGCGCACCGCUCUCGAGCGGCGACGAACCGCCCAGACGUCCCCGACUGUCGCCGAAGAAUCGCUCGCGACACAAGUCCAAGAAGACACGGACACAGACGUGGACAUGGACGAAGAUGACGUCGCAGCAGAGGACGACAACGACCACGACGCCCUUCCCAUCCCCGUCGGACAGGCAGUCCCGGCCCACCGCCCCCGCAUCGGCAAUCUAUUCCGCAGGGGCGCCGCCCCCUCCUCCAGCGCCUCUACCGAGCCCGUCAAGAUCCCGUGGGCGGAGUGGGGCCCGGCCGUGACGCGCUGGUUCCAGGACGAGCUCGCGGGCACGCGCUGGAUCACGACGACGUGCGGGCAGCGCUUCGUGCGCGUGCGCGCGGGCGGGCGCAUCCGCGUGUACGACUUCAACGCGCUCGCCGUGCGGCGGUACGUGCACGGGCGCGCGCUCAGCGGCGUGCCCGUCGGCUCGCUCCCGGGGGAGAACGUGUGGGGGAAGACGGAGGGCUCGCUGGAGUAUGACGAUGAGGACGAGGGUGUGGAAGAGGACUGGGAAGAUACGGAGGAGGAUGUCGAUUUCGAGGAGGAGGAUGGGGAGAUGCAGGAGGGUGAUGAGGAGCUGGAUGGGGCGGCGGAGGGUAUGGCGUGGGGGGCGGACCGGCGCGUCGCGGUCGUGCUAGGGCAGACGACGAUCUCGGACAUCGCUGCCUGGCAGGAAACGCUGACGUCGGGGCUGCCGUACAUGGAGACGAGCGUGGCUAUACCGGACGAGUAUGAGAGCGCGCUGCUCGACGAGGAUAUCAUCGUCGGGUUGAAGAUGGAUAGCGAAGGGAGGCACAUACGCGAAGUGGUGUUGCAUCGCAUCGGUGGUCCCAUGGAAUGACCGGACGUGUUUCUGUAAUGCUGGAUGCUAGAAGCAAUGAUGUAGCAGCCGUGAUUAGGACUGUGUAGUGUAUUCUUUUUGGGUGGUUUAGCUGGUCAGAAGGACAACAAUGCAUGUAUUAU